AUGCCCGACAAUUUUGAAAAUAUUAAAAACGAUGUUAAAGAUGCCGUCAACAAUACGCGGUCUUCGGACGAUGCAAAGGGAAAAGGGAAGAAUUUCGAGAAUUCAACUUCAUCGUCAAAUUAUAAUAAUAGAACUACAGCAAAAGUAGAUAAUUUAGCAGAUCGUCAAGAAAAAGAACGAGUGUAUUAUUCAAAUGCUAAUAAAUCAGACGUUCAAAAGGGUUCAAAUGUACAAAGAAAAGGACGAUAUGAUGCGGAUAAGAGUAACAAUAAUUUAUUGCACUUCACUUCAAAAUCACCUAACAAUUGGUUGGGUUCGUUUAGUCGAAAAUCCUGUAAAAUCGAUUUUGACAAUGAUACCAACGAUCAAGUGGACGACACCCAUUUUGACGAUUUCUGGAAUAAACCGUGGAGAGUACGGAAAAGCGUUUCAGAUAAUGACCAAGAAAUAGGUAAACAAUAUUCGAAUAGAAAAACUACGUACAAAUUCUUAUGAUUAUAUAUUAAAAAUAUAACAUGGGGAAAUCGAUUUUUUCAGUUUUUUAUUAUUAUUAUUAUUUCACCAAACACCCGGGAUUAUUGAAUAAUGUAAUAACCGAUGCAUUUUAGAAAACGAUAAUUUUGUAAAAUAAAUUAAGUUUUAAAAAACAAAAAAAAUACUAUUCAAUGAUAAUUGUAUCGUGUAAUAACCGAAUUUAAGCUAAUUAAUAAAAAAAAAAUAAAAGCACAUGUAAAAAGUAUUACUUAAUAAAGUAUAGCUACACAGUUUUAUUACAUUUAUAACUUGAUAAAUUUAAUUUUAGAUUUUAAACGGAGCGUGAGGAAUAUAUUGGUUUUACAAUGAUGUUAAUUUAUUUUUUUUUGUGAACACUUUUUCUACUAGAAAGCUUACUCCAAAUAUCAAGUAUAGUAUUUUUUCUGAAAAGAAAUAUUCUCUGGGUGGUAAUUAAAAAGGUAAUUUUUUUGAAAUUCUCAUUAAUAUUUGGUAAGGUUGUCAUGGAAACGCACAUUAUUGUAAUCAUACUAUAAUAUGGCAUGUAUAUUGUGGACAAAGCAACACUAUCAACUCUGCUCAGAAUCGAUUUUUCGUUGGAAAUGGUUUAUCAAUGCUUACAGAUAUACAUAUCUAAUACGAAAAGGAGAAAAAUGUCAGAUACAAAUUUUUAAAUGACUUUCUUACUUAAAUAUAAUAAAUAUACGUAUAUCAAUUUUUUUUAGCACAGUAUUUUAAAUAAAAUUAUCAAAACAUAUAGUUUGUAAAAUUAAUAAUCAAAUUAGAAAAUGCAAAUUAUAUAGAUAGUUAUUAUUUACAAUUUAAAUUAUAAUAUAAAAUAAAGGUAAAAAGUUUGAUGCAUUAUGACUAAAUAAUCAUUAUGCAUAAUGUUAUAUUAUUAGGAGGUGCCUAUAUAAUUGUAUUGCAAUAUAUAAAAAGGUAAAUAACCAUAAAAAUAUCUAAAACCAACCUUAAUAACUUAAUAGUUAACUUUUGUUUUAACUAAGUUAAAUUAAUAUAUAUUUUGUUUCAUUUUAACUUUCAACAUAAUUUAUUUAUUUAUCUGUUAUUAAUUUUGAACUUUUAAAUUAUGGAAUUUUCGUAAUUUAGCUUAAACUAGUUAAUUAUUUUCAUUAACUAGCCAUCUUUGAUUAUGGAUAACAAAUGCCUCAACACAUUAAUUUUAUUUUAUUUGAUUUCUAUGGGUUAUACUUUUUACAAGCUACAAAUUUGAAAAUACACCAUUAUGACUGUAACCUAACCAGUUUACCAAGCUGAAUAAAAAAUCAAUUUUUAUCAUUAUUUACUAUUUCAAAAUAGAUUUAUUAUAAUUUGAAUUACUCUAAAUCCAAUGAUUUCCCAUCGUUUAUCUGCAACAGAAAACUACUUACUAACACUGUAUCCUGUAGUAGAUGUGUAGUUAUGAUUUACAAACACCCGAAAUUAUAUUGACCUGCUGAUUUUAAUUUUUAAUUAUUGUGCUAUAAAAUAUUUAACUAAAAUAGUAUAUAAAUUGCAUUGUUAUAUUUUAGGCAAAAUUGAAAUUCCUCUUGGUACAAUAAAAGAAGUUUCUUUUGUUUCCGAUCAUUUAAAGAAACGACCAACAGUUUGUUUUGAUUAUUCGUGUAAAAUAAGAUAUCCACCGUUAGGACACAGCGAUGACGGUUAAAAAAAACAAUCAAUAAUAUAUUAUAAGAAGUUUAAACAUUCAAAUUUUUUUUGUAUUUUUCUAGUGAAACUUUCGACAUCGGUGAAAGAAAAAAUGUGGUUGGAGGGCUAUAAAAAGGAGUUAAAUUUUCUACAGGAAAAUUUUUCAGAUGUUUUACCAGGAAUUUUAUAUGAUGUUGUUCGAAAACGACCUACGGAUCCAGUAUACUAUAUGGCCUACCUUUUAAUAAAACAUGUAGUUGAUGAAUCGAUGAACGUCAAGAUAAUUAAGCGAGUGUUUUAAUAUCUUAAUAAAAGUUACAAAUUUUAUACGCAGUCUUUUUAGCAAUCUAAUUACACCUGCGUAAGUGUUAUAUCAAAAUAUUACAAUGAUGUCAUCAGUUGAUUUAGUUAAAGACACAAAUAAAAUCAAAGACGAUUGCAUCAAGUGAAUAAUU